AAUAAGAACCGGACAGGCGUGAGGAAGUGCAGCGAACGUACGAUGGGACGCGGCCAUGUGCUUCGGGACCGGGUGCGGCUGAUUAGCGGUAAUGGCAGGCUGUUGCUAAUUGCCACUAUCGUCACCCUCGCCGGUUUGGCCGGUCUGGCCGAGGGCGUUGGAUGUCCAUCGAAGUGCUCCUGCCAACAGCGCACAGUCCGUUGCAUCAAGCAGCAGCUCGAUAAGGUGCCGGAAAUGCCGCCCGAUACGAACAUAAUCGAUCUGCGCUACAAUCACAUCCGCGAGCUACCGACCGGUGCGUUCGAUGGGUUGCGGCAUUUGCAUACGAUAUUCCUUAACGAGAACCAGCUGACGAAAAUCCACUCAGGUGCAUUCCGGGACCAGCCAUCGCUCAAGUAUCUCUAUCUCAACCGUAACCGAAUUGACACCAUCGCAUCGGAUGCAUUCAUCUCGCUGAACCGGCUCCACAGCAUGUACCUUCACUUCAACAAUCUGAGCCGGCUGGAACCACAAACCUUCAGUAAUAUGGCGUCCCUAGAACGGCUCUAUUUGCACGGCAACCAAAUUAAGACCAUUCCGGAGGGAAGCUUCAAACAGCUAUCAUCCCUACGACGGCUCCGGCUGGACGAUAAUGCGCUCGAGUGCGACUGCUCACUGCUCUGGUUCGUGCGGACGAUGCAGCAACCGAACUGGAAGUCGCUGGUGGCCGGUGCAACCUGCGCCACACCAUCCACCCUCGAAGGUCAGCCAAUUAGCUCGAUCACGGAGAAAGAUUUCCACUGCGCAAAGCCGGAAAUUGUCGUCCAACCGAGAGACAUCGAGAUAAGCUACGGUCAGACGGCCGUAUUCAGCUGCAAAACGACGGGAGACCCACGGCCGGAAAUUGUGUGGCUGUUUGAGGAGAAUACGAUCCGGUCGGAAUCGUCGGACGGUCGCGUUACGUUGCUGCUCGACGGUUCGCUGCGUAUCGAUGAAACCGUGCCGGCCGACGAUGGUCAGUACGCGUGCAUUGCCCGUAACAGCCUCGGGGAGUCGCGGUCACGCACCGCACAUCUGACAGUCAACAACGAUGUGGUCGAAAGCGAAGCGGAAGCACCCAAGUUCCUGCGAACACCGACGGAUCCGCUCGAGCUGCUCGAGGGCGCACCGAUUGUGCUGGAUUGUGUCGUUACCGGUGCUCCAACGCCAAGUAUUUUAUGGAAAUUCAAUAACGAAAACAUCCAGAACGGACGCAUCAAGCUGUUUGGGAAUGGUUCGCUGAUUUUGCCAGUGUCGACGCUCGAUGACGGUGGCAUCUAUACCUGCUGUGCCGGGAACGCUCUUGGCAACAUUUCGGUCAACGUGUCGGUACAGGUGAACGCUCGUCCGCUUGAAUCCAUCACGUCCACCACACCGACAGCAUCCACAGCAUCCCCGGUCACGGUUACUGCAGCCAGCGACCCAACGACCGUGCAACCGCCGAGCAGUGCAACCCCACUUUCGAAACCAUCCCCAAAGCCGACCGAGCUUAGUAAUGCCAUACCGGAGGAUUCCGGAACCGGAGAACAUGAAGCUCCACCAAGAAUCGUGCUCGGUCCGGAAAAUCAGCACGUGAAAAUCGGCUCAACCCUAACGCUGGAAUGUGAAGCCGACGGUAACCCGUUGCCCCACAUCUGGUGGAAAAAGGACGGACAGCCAGUGAACGAAACGAGCCAGGUCUUUUUCACCGACGAUGCGAUCGAACUAACCAUCGACCACGUGGAGGUAUCUGACUCAGGCACGUACGCCUGUGUGGCCGAGAAUGAGCUGGGAAUAGCCGAGGUCGAAGCGGAAGUGGUCGUGAUCAACGCAGGUCCGCCGCGAUUCCUGUUCGAACCGUACGACCUGGAUGCAAUCGAGGGCACUACGGUCGAGAUGCCCUGCAAAGCGGAGAAUGACGAUAUACUUCAGAUCAAAUGGCAAAAGGAAGGUCGUACCAUAACACCAAAAGACAAGUACCGUAUAUCAUCCGCCGGCAGUUUGUUCAUCGCCAACAUCACGUUCACGGAUGAGGGCCGGUACGAGUGUUCGCUGCUGAACAAGUACGGACGUGCGACGGCCAGCGGUAUGCUGACGGUGAAGAAGAAGGCGGAAGCACUGCCGGGCGACCAGUACGUACGGAUUGCGAUUGCCGAAGCAUCCCGGGAGGUAGAUAUGGCCAUUAAUCAAACCAUCGGGCGCAUGUUUGCGACGGAUCGCAAUACAACACGCUAUCACGACGAUCUGUUCCGCAUCGUGCGCUUCCCGACCGGACCUGCCCGCGAGAUUGCCCGUGCGGCGGAAGUGUACGAGCGAGCACUGGUCAUCAUACGGAAGCACGUCGAAACGGGAGCUAAUCUAACGACCAACACGACCGACUUCUGGUAUCAGGAUCUACUGUCGCCCGAGUAUCUCGAUCUGCUGGAACAACUGUCCGGUUGUAUGGCGCACCGUGUUACACCCAACUGUUCCGAUUUGUGCUUCCACUCGAAGUAUCGCUCGCUCGAUGGGACGUGCAACAACUACAAGCAUCCGGCCUGGGGGUCUUCCCUUACCGGGUUCCAGCGCCUUCUGCCACCGGUGUAUGAGAAUGGUUUUAACAGUCCAAUCGGAUGGAACCGGUCGGCGAUGUACAAUGGAUUCAAGAAGCCAAGUGCUCGUCUCGUCUCGACAAGUCUCAUCUCUACCAGUACCAUCACGCCGGACGAUCGUAUCACGCACAUGGUGAUGCAGUGGGGACAGUUCCUUGAUCACGAUCUGGACCACGCCAUUCCGUCGGUAACUUCUGAAAGCUGGGAUGGUGUGGAUUGUAAGAAGACGUGCGAGUAUGCUGCACCCUGCUAUCCAAUCGACAUUCCACCGGGUGAUCCUCGCAUCCAGAACCGACGCUGUAUUGAUUUUGUACGCUCGAGUGCCGUUUGUGGUUCGGGCAUGACGUCUAUAUUUUUCGGUAGUGUGCAACCGCGGGAGCAGAUCAAUCAGCUGACCUCCUUCAUCGAUGCGUCACAGGUGUACGGCUACACGGAAACAUUCGCACAAGAGCUGCGUAAUCUUACGACGGAGCAAGGACUGCUGCGUGAUGGUCCACACUUCCCGAACCAGAAGCCACUGUUGCCCUUCUCCGCACCGACCGACGGUAUGGACUGUCGGCGAGAUUUGGACGAGAGUCAGAUCAACUGCUUCACGGCCGGUGACAUUCGUGUGAACGAGCAGCUCGGUCUAACGGCGAUGCAUAUUGUGUGGAUGCGAGAACACAACCGACUGGCGGAACAGCUGCACCGUAUCAAUCCGCACUGGGAUGGAGACAAGCUGUACUACGAAAGUCGCAAGAUCGUUGGUGCGAUCAUGCAGCACAUCACGUACGACCAUUGGUUACCGUUGGUGAUCGGUGAGCGUGGCAUGGCUCAGUUAGGCGAAUAUCGGGGGUACGAUUCGACCUUGAAUCCGACCAUUUUCAACGAGUUUGCUACGGCUGCCUUCCGGUUUGGGCACAGUCUCAUCAAUCCGAUGCUACACCGGUUGAACGAUUCUUAUCAACCGAUACCGCAAGGACAUCUUCCGCUGCAUAAAGCUUUCUUCGCUCCAUGGCGUCUAAUGUACGAAGGUGGUGUGGAUCCUCUACUAAGAGGCCUUUACAGUGUACCUGCAAAGCUGAAAAAAUCCAACCAAAACCUCAACACCGAUCUUACGGAGCGUUUGUUUGAGGUGGCACAUGCUGUAGCACUCGAUCUAGCGGCAAUCAACAUCCAACGAUCACGUGAUCAUGCUCUACCAGGAUACAACGAUUACCGGAAGCUGUGUGGCUUGAAAGUGGCGACCGUGUUCGAUGAUCUUCAGGUCGAAAUAUCUGAUCCCGGUGUACGGCAAAAGUUAAAAGAACUGUACGGCCAUCCGAGUAACAUUGACCUGUGGGUUGGCGGUAUUCUGGAGGAUCAGCUGCCCGGUGCAAAAAUGGGCCCACUAUUUACCUGCGUUCUGGUGCGUCAGUUCCAAGCGCUGCGUGAUGGUGACCGGUUUUGGUAUGAAAAUGACGUGUUCAAGCCGGAACAGUUGGCACAGAUCAAGCGUGCCACGCUGGGGCGUAUCAUCUGUGACAAUGGUGACAACAUUACGACCGCCACGGAUAACGUGUUUGUACUACCGGCAAAGCAGGGUGGGUACAAGCGUUGCGAUGAGAUUCCGCAGGUCAAUCUGGAACAUUGGGUCGAUUGUACGGAUUGUUCGCGCCAUCAUAAACGGUCUGCCCCGCUGGUGCGUCAGCGAAGAUCGGCGAGUCGUGCGAAGCGUGCACUACCAACGAGCGGUAAGCUUGACGUUGCUAAGCAGAUAGACGACCUAGAGCGGCCACAGCCCGAAGACGAGGGACAUUACGCGCUGAACGAUAACCACCUCGAGCAGGUGGAUGAAGAUUCGUCCUUCAUCGAUGACGACAUGAACGAAGAGCGGAUCGAAGGCUUGGAGGCACUGAUUGAAAGUUUCCAAAAGUCGAUGAAACAGAUGCGACGAAAGAUACGCCGGCUGGAGCAACAGUGUUCGGCGGCAGUACUGGCAGCAGCUGCCACAGGUGCUAACGUUGGCGGAGGUGGCGCAAAUCCGGCUAAGGGUAAGCCACACGGACACUGCGUUGACAGCAAAGGGAUUAAGCGAUUAAACAACGAAAUCUGGAUGCGAGACGACUGUACCAAGUGUGAAUGUGAGCAUCAUCAGAUCAGUUGCGAAACGGAGAAGUGUGCCGAGCUGAUCUGCGAGAACAAUCUGGUGCUGGUGAAGGAGCAGGGCAAGUGCUGUCCGGCGUGCGUUGUUUCGGACGACAGUGGAACCAUGACCACCAUCAUCAAAGGUACACCGUAAG